AUGUCGACUGCCCCAGUGGAGAACGACGGCACCUGGCAGAGGCUGGAUCCAGUCCAGCUUCGUAAGGACGCCGAGGCCAAAGAGGCAAAGCUCAAGCGACAACAAGAGCAACGUCUUCUUCGAGCCGAUGCACGCCGUGAGAAACGUCAUUUGAAAUCCGAGGCCAAGCAGGCACGAAAAGCGAAUGUCAAGCGUGCUGCCAAAUGGACGGACGAGCGCAAGGCCCUCGACAAGGAGAAGAAGCUCGCCAAUCGCCCCCACAAACAAGAGAAGCGACGCAGACGCAUGCGCCUCCGCGCCGACAAGCUGGAAGCACAGGCGCGCAAGCUGAUGGCCGAGGCACAAAAGGCUAGAGCUCGUGCCGACUUGCUGGAUGAAGUGAAAGCGAAAGAGGAAGCGGUCAAGAACAAGCUUCGCAAUGAGAUCGAUGAGAUGGCAGCCGACCCCGAGAACGAUAACUACAUUCCCCUAGAUACUCCGGAGCAGAUGGAGAAGAAGCAGAAGAAGAAGGAAGCGAAGCUGGAGGAGAAGGCUCUCGACCACAUAAUGGAGGAGGAGCUCGGUCCCUCCAUCACCGCGUCCGGCCGACACAUCGAAGCCGAAAAGGAGAAGAAGCGGAAGAGAAAGGAAGAGAAGCGAGCCGAGAAGCGCAAGCGGGAGGCAGAAGAGGAUGGCUCCGCUGAGCAAUCUGGGGACGCUAUGGACGUUGACGUUGCAGAUGCUCCUUCGGCUGAGGUCGAGGCACCCAAGGACAAGAAAAAGAAGAAGAGAAAGACGGAGGAAGCUCCCGAGAUCAAUGGCGAUGCCGAGGUCAAUGGUGACGCUGAGGUUAACGGGGAUAUCGAGAUAGUCGAUGAUGUCGAUGCUCCCAAGGAGAAGAAAAGCAAAAAGAAGAAGGAAAAGAAGGAGAAGAAGCAGCGCGAGUCGGCCGAGAAGUAUGUGUCCACGCCUACAGCCGAAAGCGAAGCCAAUGCUGACGGCGGAGAGCAGUGGAACGUCUCAGCCCUAGAGGGUAAUGACAAAAGAAAAGAGAAGUUCUUGAAGCUUCUUGGAGCGAAGAAGUCCAACGGGGCAGCAAAGGGUCCUGCUGCAUCGGCAGCAUCUCAGACCGAUAUUGCCAAGGUGCAAUCGGACUUGGAACGUCAGUUUGCCUCGGGGAUGAGAAUGAAGAAUGAAGGUCAGGGUCACAAGAAGGGACUCGGUGCUUGA